AUGCUUGAAAAUGAGUCCCAGCCGAUGAUCGAAGUUAAUGUACAGGAAAAUUUAGAAUCAAUACCUGUCGAACUGACCUUGGUCGAGAAACAGUUGCCGUGGCUCGUCGACUGGGAGGUGCAAUCCAGUGCUGAUGAAGUUUUCGAACCAGAGGUAAGAAGUUGCCUAGACGUUUAUCGCCCAGGAGCCGACGAUCAGCUGCAUCGUCGAGAAAACUUUGAAAUGGAAUUGCAGCGUGACCCUCGUUUCAAGGCCAUGCCAGAAAGUACUGGAGUUAGCUCACUUUACAUUGAACCGUUACGCGAGGAAAAUAUCACGAUAGCUGAGGUAUCCAUGACGCCAGAUGACCAACCAGCAAUUACCGGCAGUCCUGAGGGUGCCGCUGAUCAGUUAAUCAGAGAUGGAUAUGCAAAGUCCUCUGCAGAUAGCUGA